AUGAAUAUACGAUCAACAAAUUCAUCUUAUGUAGAAGAAAUAAAAUCAAAACUAAAAAAAUUAGACAUAAUAAACAAAACAACAGUUCGACAACCAUUAUCACGUAUAUCAAUUAAAAAAAAAUUAUCUACUCAUCCUAAAGCACAUACAAUCAGGUCAGAAGUUCGAAAUCAACCAUCGAACAGUGUGCAUUCUAAACCAAUCAUCAAUCCAUCCGUUGACAUAGAACAACUUGCUAAUAAAGAGAAAUUAACUCCUGAUUUCCAAGAAGAUCUACAGAUUAAUGAAUUUCCUUAUCAAAAAUAUCGAACAACACAUUCAAUUACAUCAUCUUCUUCAAUAUCAAAAAAUUCUCGUGAUGAACCACUUUUAGCUCCUGAUACAUUAAUUAUUGGUAAAUUAUAUAUUCUUAAUGAAUUAUAUCCAUCAAUUGAUCAUGAAAAUAUGAAUGGAACGCCACUCGCUUUUCUUGGUGCUGAAAAAUUUUCACGUAUUCCUAUCGAUUGGACUAAAGUUCAAUAUCCAUUAUCAUCAUAUUAUAUUGAAAUAAUUCUUGAUCUUAUUCUUGUACGACCUUCAUUUAUUCACGAAAUACCUAAAGUAACAAAAUUUAAUCUUUAUCGACCAUUAAUUAAAACAAUAACAGGAUAUCUAUUUUUUGAUCAUGGAAAUAAUAAAGCUGGUGUACAUCAAUGUAAUCGAAAACAAAUAUUAAAUCGUAAAUUUACUAUUCAAGAUUUAUAUUCUUUACAACAACGCGAAUUUCAUAUAAUUAAUUAUAAUAUCAUGCAUGAACAACGUUUUAUUAAUUUGUAUGAAAAUCUUUUUCAAAUCUAUCAUUAA